CCGGCCGUCGGGAAUGGGUCGCGCUCGCACGGGCGGCCGUGCCGUCGCGAGGUUCUGCAGGCAGCUCCAUGCCCUCCUCCUCAAGAACCUCGCCUUCCAGAGGAGGAACUGGAAGACCAACGCCGCGAUCGCCGCGUUCCCGGUGCUGCUCUGCGCGCUGCUCGUCGCCAUCCAGGCCAUGGUCGACCGCGAGCUGGACAGGCCGCCGUUCCGGUGCGGCUGCGAGGGGGGCCAGUGCGGCAUCCAGCACUCCACGCCCGUACAGGCCAUGAGCUGCGAGGUGCCCGCGCCGCCCAGGUGGCCGGCGCUCGUGCAGCUGCCCGUCGUCCCGGCCUUCGUGCACGGCCAGUCCGCGCCGUGCAGCAACACGUCCUGCCGCCCCGUCUCGGUGCUCCUUACCGGCCGGAACCCUGGCCUCUCUCAAAGCCUUGGAAGGGGGCUGUUCCCAGCGAUGUCUGCUUCAGACACUCUUCUCAUGUCUGAACCUAUGAACUCUUCAUCCUCUCUUCACCAGCUCUCCAAAGUAGCCCCCGGCUCCAAGACAUUGCCGGCGCAUGAGCUGUUCGUCGAGCCGGGACUCGUGCCCAACCAGACCCUAUAUGUGAUCCAGUCAAAGUGUUUGUUGCCUCCAAGAAAUGUUUCAGGAACUUCUGAUGGUGGAAUGCCGCUCCAGCUCGAUGUGGAGUGUGUUCAAGGUUUGCCGUUGUGGUGCGCGAGUUCAUCGGUGAUAAACCGCCGUUUGUAUAACGGUUAUAAGGGUGCCAAUAAGAGGAGAAGACCAAACGAAUUCCUUGCCGGUUAUGACUUCCUUGAUACAAGCACGGGGCGCUUCCACGUGUAUGUUUCGUACAACUCCACCUUCAGCAGGGAUAAUGGACACCAUUCCAUGACAGUUUUGCGCGUUGCACGGUUGGUUAAUAUGGCAUCCACUGCAUAUCUGAAGGUUCUUCGAGGAGUGAAUGCAGAAAUGCGCCUAGAAUUUCUGAAAGAGAUGCCCAAAGCUGCAAUCAAAAUGAAGCUGGACCUCACCACUCUCCUUGACGCACUCUUCUUCACAUGGACGGUUCAACUCCUCCUUCCAGUAAUAGUAACAUAUCUUGUUUAUGAGAAGCAGCAGAACCUAAGACUAAUGAUGAGAAUGCAUGGACUCAAGGAUGGACCGUAUUGGCUGAUAUCGUACUCCUACUUCCUGUCUCUUUCAGGAGCAUACAUAACAUUCUUUGCGGUUUUUGGCUCAUUUAUAGGUCUUGACAUAUUCAGAUUAAACAGCUAUGCCAUACAGUUUUUGUUCUUUUUUAUCUACAUCAACCUGCAAAUUGUUUCAGCCUUUCUUCUCGCGCCAUUCUUUUCAUCGGUCAAGACUGCUAGUGUAGUAAGUUAUAUUUACGUCUUUGGCUCUGGCCUCCUCGGAGAAGCGCUACUGAAGUUGUUCAUCGAGGAUACUACCUUCCCAAGACCUUGGCUAGUGAUAAUGGAGCUUGUUCCUGGGUUCUCCCUCUACAGAGGAAUUUAUGAAUUAGCAGAGUAUGCCGCUACAGGAAGCUACAUGGGGAAACCUGGAAUGCAAUGGGAGGACUUGAACGACCCGAUCAACGGGAUGAAAGACGUUUUGAUCCUAACGUCUAUAGAAUGGGUGCUUCUGCUUCCUGUGGCAUUUUUUCUGGAUCACAGACCUGAAUGGCAUCCUAUAUUUCUCUCUGGAAUUCUGUCGACCAAGCACUCGUCGCCGUCAUAUAAAGCAAAUCCGAGAUCCAAGAGGGUCUUUGAUGACAUGGCUAAAACUGAUGUUUUCCUCGAGCACAAGGUGGUGAAACGAUUACUGAAGGAAAUGGACACUAGGAAUAUGAUCAUCUGCCACAAUCUAAAGAAAGUGUACCGUGGAAGUAACGGGAACCCCGACAAGCUUGCAGUAAGAGGGUUGUCGCUGGCAUUGCACAAAGGGCAGUGUUUCGGAAUGCUCGGUCCCAAUGGGGCAGGGAAGUCAUCCUUCAUUAACAUGAUGAUUGGACUAGUGGCGCCAACUUAUGGAACUGCUUACAUACAUGGAAUGGAUUUGAGAAAAGAUAUGAAUGAAAUAUAUGAAAACAUCGGUGUAUGUCCGCAGCACGAUUUGCUUUGGGAGACUCUGACAGGAAGGGAGCAUCUACUUUUCUAUGGUCGGAUGAAGAAUUUCACAGGUGCUGCUCUAAUGAAGGCAGUCGAGGAAUCGUUGAAGAGUGUAAAUCUUUUCCACUGCGGUUUCGGCGACAAAUCUGUAAGCAAGUACAGCGGUGGCAUGAAAAGAAGGCUCAGUGUCGCUAUCGCACUCAUCGGCAACCCUAAAGUGGUUUACAUGGACGAACCGAGCACUGGAUUGGACACGAUAUGCAGGAAUGAUCUGUGGAACGUCAUCAAGCAAGCAAAGAAGGAAUGCACCAUCAUACUAACAACACAUUCAAUGGAAGAGGCCGAGGAGCUGUGCGAUCGCGUCGGCAUCUUCGUGAGCGGAAACUUUCAGUGCCUUGGAACACCCAAGGAGCUGAAGACAAGGUACGGCGACACCCGCGUCCUGACGAUAACGACGGCGGCGGAGCAUGAGGAGGCGGUGGCGCGUCUGAUCGCCGGGCUGUCGCCGAGCGCGGUGAAGAUCUACGGCAUGUCGGGGACGCAGAAGUUCGAGCUGCCGAAGCGGGAGGUGAGGCUGGACGGCGUGUUCGGCGCGGUGGAGGCGGCGAGGGGCAUGUUCCCCGUGCAUGGGUGGGGCGUGGCGGACGCCACGCUGGAGGACGUCUUCAUUAGCGUCGCUAAGGACGCCCGCGCCUUCCACGUCCUCUCCUAGUGGCGGUUACCUAGCUUAAUUAGGUUUUGAGAUUUGAACUGGAUGUCUCUGAAUCAUGGUGGUACGUAAUACUCCUUAGGUAUAGGGGGAGUAGUAAUUUAGGGUGGAGAUCUGAAAUGCUAUAAACUUGCUUCUCUUUCUUUUGAAAAAGGAGACACAAAGGAUAUCUUAGAUCUGAUUA